AUGCUUCCCGAAGGAUCCUUGAGCGUUGCUGAGAGAAGAAAGCAGCUGCUCGAGAAGGGACUCUCGAUAGGUUCAGUUGGAGCCAACAGCAACACCAAAUCCACCAACCACACUGUCUCUUCAUCAUCUCUUUCAAACGUUUCUGAUAAUCAUCCUAAGAAGGAAUCAAAAACUUCUUUUAAGCCCCGAGAACAAAAGGUAGCAUCCAAACCAUCCAUUGAUUUUGAACAUUUGGCUCCAGGAAGCGUUCCUCCACCUCCUCCUCUCCUUGGAGAAUCUUCCCGUUCGGAAGUUAAGGUUGAUGAUGUUGGGGCUGUGAAGGCUGCAGAGCCUUCCAAUUCUUCGGUGGCUGAAACAAAACCUUCUUCUCCAUCACUAAAUUCCGAAUCAACCAAUGAAGUUGGGGUGAGUCCCAAGACACAAUCUCCCACCAUGAGAGGUAAAACGGAACACUCAUCUCAUAUUUCCAUGAGUGCUCCCACCAGCUGCUCGUCCUCUCUUCUUCCCAACAAUGAAGUGGUGGUCUCGAAUUUGGUGUCCAGCGUUCAAACAAAGCCUCCCAGCAAAAUUGAACCUCCUCUUCAAACGAACACACUCUCUUGCAACAACAAACCCAAACUGGAACAAACAACGGAAACUUGCCCGGAGACAAGUAGCAAUCCUAAGGACGAGGAUGAAAACAAACCAGUAUUGAUCUCUUCAUCAUCAACUGCUUCUUCUCAUCCGUUACUUAACAACAGUGAGAGCAUCAAUAAGAAUACGGAAAAGAAAGAUCCUCCCAUUGUAGUAAUUUGUUCCAACAAUAGAAGCAACAUCAUUAAUACCAUUCCCAAUACGAGUUCCGCAAAGAAUUUGUUAGUGAAAGGACUUGCUUCCUCUCAAUCAACACCUACUUCAACCACAAGUACGGCAUCACAACCCCAGCUUUCUGAGACAGUUGUUGAAAACAAAAACACCAUUUCGAAUCCAAAUUAUGUUUAUCCAAAUAUGAUUGAUAACAAAAUGAAUCCUAACUCUAACGACUUUAGAAAUAAUUCGAUUCAGUAUCCAUCAGCUCCUUCUUUUGAAGAAAUAGAACAUCAUUUUCCAGAGUAUCAACCUACCAUGAUGAAAACAACAUUCAGUACAUCGGAUAUUGCUGUGGAGGCUCAAAUGCAAACCAUGGCACGAAACUCAUUUACUCCAAUUUCCGACACUCUGUCGUCAUCAUCAGACAAUUCUGAGGAUUACAAAAUGUUCACUCAAUUCAAAGAAUUUAUUCAAAUCCAACAACCUCAAAGUGUACACAUGAACGAAGAACAGCUCUACGAAUUGUUUUUAUCAUUUAAAGAAAGGUAUGAGGCACAAAAUAAUGUAAACAGACAACAAGCAACGGGUCAAAUGAAUCCAAACAUGCUACCAGUCAAUAAUCAAAUCCCACAACAACAACAACCUAUUUUACUGAAUAAGAGUAGAGUUCCUGUUGGUGGCAGAAGGGACUCAUCAUCGACUAGCUCCACAAGAUCAGCUCCUUCAAAUCCUAAUGUCCCCGAAAAAAAGAGAGAUGGGUUCAAAGAUGUUCGACGAAAAUACGAAGCACAAUACAUGGAACAAAUACGGCUUCAACAAAUUAAGGAGCGAAAUAGGGAUCAUUUUGCUCAGCAAUUUCAAGCUCCUGUCAUGGAUUACAAUGCCCUAAUACAAAGAGAAAAUGGUGUGACGAACAAUAUUGGAAAUCCUAAUAACUAUCCAGUCGUCAAUCCAAACGUCAAUUCAGGCGAUGUAAUAACCAACGGCAAUUAUAUUCCUUUCCAAACCAAUCCCUCAAAUAAUCCCUCAACGACAGUUCCAACGUGGUCAGAAUAUCUUACUUUUGGCUAUUGGAAGUAA